GUGGUCUUUACUAUCUGGUCUUCGAAAGAGGGUCUAUCACCUCGCGCUCCCCGUCCUGAAUUUGACCACAGGCAUUUGUCGCCGAGCCCAUCGAACGAUAACAGCAGCAACUUCGACCUUGCAACACAGCGUACGAUGUCCAUGGAUCAAGCACAAUUCGCAGGGGCGAACAAUAGUACACAAGCUGAAUUACUGGUCCCUGCAAUAAUAACCUUGACCUUAUCACUGCUGCUAUAUGGUGUACGUGUACGAGCUCGUCGGUCUGCGCCCCUCCUGUGGACCGAUGGCAUGAUCACUGCAGCUCUGAUGCUAGCAAUAGUCGAAUUUAUCUUGAUCGCCAUCAGCUGCCAUUACGGUCUAGGCAGACAUACUGGGUUCGUAAACUCUGUCAGUAUAGUCAAGGCUCGGUAUUUCAGCUUUCUUGCACAGCCAAUUUGUAUCUGGUCUGUCUGCUUAGCCAAGUGUUCCAUCGCUUGGACUGCCCUCAGUAAGAGACAAGACAGACAAUGGCAAUGGAUGUUCUGCUGGAUCAUCUUUGUGCAAAUCGCCUGCACAACUGCAACCAACGUCAUCCAAGUUGUGCAGUGCCAGCCGACUUCCGCACUCUGGGACGAUAAUGUGCUGGCACAAUGCUGGCCACCUCAAAGGACACAGCUUGCUGCCUAUGUCACAUUGAGUUUUGGUAUCAUCACAAGCAUACUUCUAUCGUUGACACCAAUCGCUUUUGUCAAAGCUGCGAACCGACCAUUGCACGAGCUAAUCGCACUGGGUUUGUUAGUCGGAUUAGGACUUUUCAUCAGUAUGUCCUCAGUCGCCAACAUGAUAUAUUUACACACUUAUCGCAUGAGUGAUGAUCCGCUUCGAGACAUGGUAGCUCCAACAAUUUGGUGGCAGAUUGAGCAGAACCUAAGCAUCGUAGCUGCUCUCGCAGUCCGGCUUCAGACGCCAUACGAGACACUAUUAGCACGUUGUGGCUUGAUCUGUCAGGUCAGGACAAGUUCAUCAGCCUGCCACAGAUUGAAUCGUCUCGAAGAUGGGUCGCAAAUGCUCAAAAGCCUCAAGACGACCAUACAAUGGGGAUCGGCGUAUGAUUCUACGGCUCAUCUGCCUAGUAUUGUAAAGACGACUGAGGUCGUGCAUUCGACCGAGUUGGUGAAGGACAACGGGUUGCAGUUCGGCUCGCCAGCCAGGAGACCCUCAUGGCAGUAAAUUUCCUGGUCUCACAAUGUUUUUUUUUUCUUAAUUCCUUUAGACCAUCAUUCCAUGCCCACGCCGGACACACAGAACAUGAUUUGUUUACUACCAUAGUCGCUGCUUCCUCAUUACAACAUAACAAGCCUAUCAAACAGAGUUUCGAGAUCCCCGCAAUUGCUUACGCAAUGCGUAAUUGGAAGCCACUACUCGUACGACUCACCUCA